AUAAGCUAAAUGAUAGUAUAAAACGGGGUGUGCGACCAAAUGUAUAGACCAUUCGGCUGUACGGUAUGGAACUCGUAUUUCUGUUCGCUACCGUUGCCGCAGUGAUCGUGUCCUUCGUUGACGGAGCUGGAUAUCUGCAGAUACGACCUCCCUCACUGAACCAAUGUUGCUAUGAAGACAUAAAUGAAGCUCAUUUCAGCUAUGACAGAGAUUUCUGUGAAGGACCAAAGAAUUGGUGCAAAGUUCACCCGUGUUGGACGACUUGUGGGUCACAGAGGAGACAAUCACCAAUCAACAUCAACACAAAAGAGACUAGUUAUAAAAGUUAUUCAAGGCUAAAGUUUGAUAAUAUCAACACAAGAGUUCCUGCGACCAUUAAAAACAACGGUCAUGCACCGGAUUUUGAUGUUCACGAAGAUUUUGAUGAAGAGAUAACUGUAUGUAAUGUACCUGGAAGACCAAAAGAAAAGGAGUAUAAUUUUGCGCAGUUACAUGUUCACCUUGGACGAGACGAAAAUAAAGGAUCUGAACAUGCUAUUAACAACAUAUUCAAACCGAUGGAGGCCCACAUGGUAUUCUACGACAGCGAGUAUGAAGGUGUUGGGGAAGCUAAACCAAAGAAAAAUGGACUGGUGGUGUUAAGUGUUAUGAUAGAGGUAUGCGGAAAAUCCAAGAAAAACAAUGAAUGUGGGGUUCAUGGAUCAUGUAAAGUCAGAUUUGCAAAGAAGCUUAGUAAACUGAUGGAAAAAUACUAUGAAAAAGUGCGAAGAUUUCCUCAUGAGUCGGUAAACCCUAUUACCAUGUACAUGAGCUUGUUUGGUCUUUCCAAAAAGAAAAGUUGUUCGAACAAUAAGUGUGGUCGAACGCCAAGUCCAGACUUUAUAGAAGAGAGAUGCCAAAAAGAAGAGCAAAACGACAGAUCAUUUAGAGUUACAGAAGGUAUCACUCCUCAAGAUGUCCUUCCGUAUGACACACAUCGAUUCUACACGUAUGCAGGAUCUCUCACUACACCUCCAUGUUAUGAAACUGUACAGUGGGUUGUUUAUAAAUGCCCAAUAAAAGUUUCUAGAAAGGCUUUUAGAAUGUUACAGUUGGUGCAAGAUUCACAUUUUCUUCCCCUUACACACUUUGGUGUACGAAGACCUUUACAGAAAAAUAAGAAAGUGGUUGUCUACAGCAACUUUAGGAAUUGACAAUGAAAAACACCUGUAUUGCAAUUAAACAAACAUGAAAUAAAGACUAAAUUCUAA